CAGUUGGCCAAUUUUCAAAAGUUUUGGUUGUGAGCAAUGGUCAGUCGGUUCGGUUACCUGACGUGUUUGACUAAAAAUUUCAAAUUCAGUUCUAGAAGUGUGGCCAGGUGUCUAUAUCAUACGCGAGUCAAAGUAGCAAAUCCAGUCGUGGAUUUAGAUGGGGAUGAAAUGACCCAUAUAAUCUGGGAUAAAAUCAAAUCAGCUCUUAUAUUUCCUUACGUAGAUGUUGAGUGUAAAUACUACGAUUUAGGACUUCCCAACCGUGACCGAACCGAUGACCAAGUAACAAUUGAUGCAGCACUUGCCAUCAAACAGUAUAAUGUUGGGAUUAAGUGUGCAACAAUAACUCCUGAUGAGCAACGCGUGAAAGAGUUUAAUUUGAAAAAGAUGUGGUUGUCUCCAAAUGGAACUAUUCGUAAUAUUCUUGGUGGUACUGUUUUCCGUGAACCGAUUUUAUGCCCAAACGUUCCUCGACUUGUUCCUGGAUGGACUAAACCAAUUGUGAUUGGUCGCCAUGCCCAUGGGGAUCAAUACAAAGCUGUAGAUAUGGUUAUUAAAGAACAAGGCGUUUUAGAACUUGUAUUUACACCGAAAUCGUCAGGAUUGGAAAAACGUAUGAAAUUAUUUGAAUUCAAUGGAGGUGGAAUAGGUUUGGGUAUGUAUAAUACAGAUGAAAGUAUUUAUGGUUUUGCACGUAGUUGUUUUGAAUAUGCAUUAAAUAAAAAAUGGCCAUUAUAUUUAAGUACUAAAAAUACUAUUUUAAAACAAUAUGAUGGUCGAUUCAAAGAUAUAUUUCAAGAGGUAUUUAACCAAGAUUAUCAAAAAAAAUUUGAACAGAAUAAAAUUUGGUAUGAACAUCGUUUAAUUGAUGAUAUGGUAGCACAAGCAUUGAAAUCCAAUGGUGGUUUUGUUUGGGCUUGUAAAAAUUAUGAUGGUGAUGUUCAAAGUGAUAUUAUUGCUCAAGGUUAUGGUUCAUUAGGUCUUAUGACAUCGGUAUUAAUGUGUCCAGAUGGUAAAACAAUGGAAGCGGAAGCAGCACAUGGUACUGUUACACGUCAUUAUAGAGAAUAUCAAAAAGGUUUACCAACUAGUACAAAUCCUAUAGCAUCUAUAUUUGCAUGGACUAGAGGUUUAGAACAUCGUGGUAAAUUAGAUGACAAUAUUGAAUUGAUUCAAUUUUGUCAUCGUUUAGAAAAAGCCUGUAUCAAUACCAUAGAAUCAGGGAAAAUGACAAAAGAUUUAGCAAUUUGUAUUCAUGGCCCAGAAAAUCUAAAACCGGAACAUUAUUUAACCACAAUGGAUUUUUUCGACGCCAUUAUUGAUCAAUUGAAACGAAUCAAUUAGAAAGUUGUUUGUGUUUAUAGAAUUAGGCCAUGUAUUCAACUUCUUGCUUAUUUUUAAUUUAAAAAAAGAUCAUUUAUGAAAUAUAUGUAUUGAUAAAUUUUGUGUAUAAAUGUGAAUUUGCGAAAAAACAUUCAAUUAUUCUUAUUUACUAUUCUUUUUGUUUAAAUGUAC